AGUAUUUAUUUACUCGAUUCGAACCAAAAUUAAAUUCUUUUUUGCACUAAACGCUCACCAACUGCUCACACCCGACGUAUUUUCUCUCGAUCUGAAAAAGAAAAGAACAAAACAAAAUCCAGGAGAAUGAUCCAAGUGUUAUUCAGUGUGAUAUUCGCCGAAAUGGCGUUAAUCGUGAUGUUCGUAUUCAAGACGCCAUUGAGGAAGCUGGUGAUAAUGGGCCUGGACCGUAUUAAGAGAGGCCGCGGCCCAAUUGUUGUCAAAACCAUUGGCGGCACCAUCUUCGUUGUCAUGCUCUCAACAAUCUACAGUGUGGUGUCGAUCCGCAAACGCUGGAUCGAUGAAGAUGGCAAUAUUACUCCUACUGAUCAGAUUCUUAUGGCUCAACAUCUUCUAGAAGCUUCUCUCAUGGGUUUUUCCCUAUUCCUUGCUCUGAUGGUUGACAGACUGCACCACUAUAUAAGAGAACUUCGUAUAAGGAGGAAGAGCAUGGAAGCUGUGAACAAGCAAAACAGAGGUUUUGAGGAUGGGAAAAAUGGAGCUUGUGACGAUAUGAAGUCUUUGGAGGAAGAGGCAAGUGCAUUGCGUUUAAAAAUAAAGAAGCUGGAGUUAUGUCUGGAGGAAAAGGCUAGAGAAACAAGCGAUGCAGAAGCCAAUUCAGUUGCUCUUAAAAAGCAAUCAGAAAACUUUGGUCUUGAAAAUGAUUCCUUACUUGAGGAUAACCAGAAUCUCCGCGCUCAAUUGCAAGCACUGGAUCAGAGAUUGUCAUCUGAUACCAAAAAAGAUUCAUAAGGAAUCUCGUUUCACAUAUCUUCCGUCGUUACGAAGUUAUGUUGUGAUUUUCUUUUAAUAGCUUAGUAUCAUUCGUGCUCAAAAUAUGGACACCAGAGUGUAGGAAAUUCUAAGUUACCAUAAUUUUUUGUGAUUUCACUCCGGAAUAGGCUCUAUGAAGGACUUCAAAUAUUUGUCCUAGCGAGCUGCAUUGCCUGAUGGAAUCUUUCCUCAAUUAGUUUACUACAACUUGUCUAUAUGUGCUGUUAUUGCCAAAUUUAUCUGUCAAGACAGCUGUCUGAAAAGUACUAUGUAGUUUUGAUUUUUGAUAUCCUAGUUUUAAUGUCUUGAACUGCAAUUGAUUUUCAAGGAAAUUUUGUGCAUUUA